AUGUUGGGCCUUGCAUUGGUGGCCGCCAUUGUCGUGGCUUUGGGGCUCUUUGUGGGCGUGAAAUCGCUCGUGGGCCACAGAUCUGACGCAUGGAUGGUGUUUCUCGGCUCGGGCGGCCACACGGGCGAGAUGAUGCGCCUCUUGGACAACCUUUCCGUCACCCGUCCGGCCCACCUACUGGCAGUGUACAGCCAGGGCGACGACAUGUCUCGGAAACGGGCGCUGUCGCUAGACGCUAAGAUGUUUGCAGUGCCGCGGGCCCGCAAGGUUGGCCAAGGGUGGGCCAGCUCUGCACUUUCGAGCCUCUACAGCCUGUGGUUCAGUUUCGGCGUAGUUGCCAAAGCCAAUCCUCGUCUGCUGCUGGUCAACGGACCUGGGACAUGCGUAAUUUUAGCUGCAUGUGUCGUACUACUGAAACCGUUUGGUGUUCAAACGACUAUCGUCUAUGUGGAAUCGCUUGCCCGCGUCUCGUCUCUGUCGCUUUCCGGAAGACUGCUCUAUCCGGUCGCCGACGCCUUUGUGGUGCAGUGGCCUCAGCUCGUGCAGAAAUACCCCAGAGCGAAAUAUAUCGGCAUGCUAGUCUAA